UUUCAAUGUUUCAUUUCUGAUUUCGGUUGCUGCUUUGUUGUUUAUAUUGUAAAAAUAAAAAUAUAGUCAAAAACUUUUAAAAAUGAGCGAAGCCAAGGAAGCAAUGGAAGUUGAGGUGGAAAUAGCUCCGGUUGCUGAAAAUUCAAAAUCUUCCAUGGAUAUAACCACAGAUACAGGCAAAAAUGUAAUGGCCCCCGGAGCUGUUGGAUCAAUCACUUGUUCCCUUCAUCCUCUUGUAAUAAUGAAUGUAUCAGAACAUUGGACUAGGGAAAGGGCCCAAGAAGGAGCUGUCCAACAAGUCAUUGGCGCUUUGAUCGGCAAACAAAAGGGUAGAAAUAUUGAAGUUAUGAAUUCAUUUGAGUUAGUAUUUACUCUUAUAGGAGGUGACAUAGUUAUUGAUAAAGACUAUUACAACAUGAAAGAAGAGCAGUUUAAGCAAGUCUUCAGUGAUUUGGAUUUCAUUGGCUGGUACACAACAGGUGAUGCUCCAAGUGAAAUGGAUAUUAAAGUCCAUAAACAAAUUUGUGAAAUCAAUGAAUCUCCCAUUUUAUUGAAGCUCAAUCCUUAUGAUAAAAAUAUUGAACAUUUACCUGUAAACUUAUAUGAAUCUGUGAUAGACCUAGUAAAUGGUGAAGCCACAAUGCUGUUUGUCUCUCUUACAUACACACUAGCAACUGAAGAAGCUGAAAGAAUUGGUGUUGACCAUGUGGCCAGAAUGUCAGCAACAGAUUCUGGAGAGAGUUCCUUAGUAGCAGAACAUCUUACUGCUCAGCAUAGUGCCAUUAAAAUGCUUCAUUCUAGAGUUAGGUUGGUGCUGGAAUAUAUGAAAGCCGUGCAGAAUGGGCAGUUACCGAGGAAUCAUGAAGUACUUAGAGAUGCCUUUUCUUUAUGCCACAGGUUGCCUGUUAUUGAUGGAUCAAGAUUUAGACAAGAUUUUUAUAAUCAAUGCAAUGAUGUAGGAUUGAUGACUUACCUAGGAACCCUAACAAAAGGCUGCAACGAUUUGAAUCAGUUUGUUACAAGGUUCAAUAUUCUCUAUGAUCGACAAGGAGUGGGUAGAAGAAUGAGGGGUAUCUUUUUUUAAUUUCUAAGAGCACUAACUGUUGUAUUAUUUAUUAAAAUUUAAUAAACAAUCCUAU